AUGGGGUUGGACUCUGACGAGAUCAAUCGAUUUCGACGGAGUAGUACUGAUGAUGAGAUUAAAGAGUUGAUGGCAGCAUGCAGUCCUGGAGGCUUAUCAUGGGCUUCGGAUGAUAGCUUGACCGACCCUGCUUUGCUAAAGGACUUGGCUGAUAUGACCGGAGAGGAAGAGGAGGACCCUGAAGAGGUAGAUGCAGUGAUGGAAGCUGCUACGGCGGAGGGUAGACCUUCGUCGAAGCUACACCCUCCCCCUGGCCCUACGAGUGAUGAGUUGAUGGAGUCUCUUGGGUUGCAGGAUGAAGACUAUGGUCAGACUGCGGCAGUGGUGGAGGCCGCUGAUCCUCAUGCAUGCGCGCUCUUGGUGAGUGUAUCGGUUAUGGAGUGGUAUCUUGGGAGGAGAGGGGAUGGGCCACCUCUACCCCUGACUGAUGAGGAGAAGGAAGAGAUCGAUCUCCAACUUAGGACCUUCACUUUGGAUGUUCAGUCGGGGAGGCUCUCUUCAGAGGGGUACGCUGAGAGGGUGAAGGCUCGCAUUGAUGCAGAUGAGGCCCUCCUGGAGCAUCUGGACUCUAGUGAUCGUAUCAUUGUCAAGAGACGGAUAGAUAUUGCUAUGGACGAGCUGAAGAGUAUGGAUGAAGAAGAGGAAGAGGACGAAGAGCGGUAUGAGGAACAUAGGACAGUAGUAUUGAGGAGAAUGAGGGCCUAUCAGAAAGCUGCUGGGGCAUUAGCUGCUGCUGGGCUCACACAGAGAGCAAGGUUGGACAAGGAAGGGGACCUCCUCCAUUCAGCUGUCAACCUGAAAGAUAUCCUAGAUGGCGGAGCGAAGCAAUGUCGUAUUGCGAUGAAGGAGGGUCGGGUACCACCCUCACUCACUGAUGAGGUUAUCAUGGGUCAGUCAGAAGUAGAUCGGAGGACUGUCAUUGACCAGCUCCAGCAUCGACUGCAAGAGGCUUCUAAGGGCCAUAAGGACCAUGCACUAUUCUGUUUGAGGCUCUCCCAAUCACCAGACUUGCUGGACCCCCCACCUCAUGGACAAGUAUUGAGGCGUCUAGCUGGCAAACCAAAGCCAGGUGAAGCUGAAAUGAUGACCAAGUUGAAGGAUGAGGCUGUGAAGCACAAUUCACUCCGGAAAAACGCCGAGAGUGAGAUUACCUGGCUUGAGGAGGCCAAGACUGACCGGUGGCAAUUCGUGCCAAAUGAGCUUGAGAAGCGGAGUGUGAAGUUUACUCGGUUGAAUGAAAAUGAAGAAGUUGAGGCGAUGGGGCAUAUGAGGAUAUCAUUUGAGGAUGGGACUGCACUGGAGCACGACUUUGAUUUCUCCCACAUGCGGCAGACUAGUAUAGAGAGAGCGUUUGGCAAGGCGAAGAUGACUAUGAAGGUCUUCCGGCAACGCAAUGCCCUGGCUAGCCUGUUUGGCAAUUCAUGUAAGGAAAUUGGAGACACCCCCGUCGGGUUGAGACUGGAGCCUCUUGAGACUAGGACUAAUCUGGAUGGAGAACUCAUCCUAUCCCACGUCCACCACGGUGAAGACUCUACUAAGAGGAGGAAGCCUCCAUCGGCCCCCCGCCCUGUUGUCAAGGUGCGAUGUAGACUGCGUGCCCCAGCGGAUAGGGCCUCUUGGCUGACCAUGGACGAGUACGCCUACUGUGUGUUGCCAACACCUCUACCACCGACUAUCAAAGGCUAUGCUGAGGGCAAUGGGGACGAGGAGAAGGAGGAGGAGGAAGGGCCAGAGGAGGCUCAUGGCGGGGUUGUCGAUCCCUUGGUGUCUCCAUUGGACCCGUCACUGUGGGUAUCGGUCGAGGCGUUGGAAGAUAGGUUAGAAGUAGUCUCGGAUGAUGAGGAAAGGGGAGGCCUCGAGGCUAGAAGGGAUAUGCUUGUCGAGAAGAUCCAAUCCGGUGCUAUAUCGUUCGAUGAUUAUGUCGAGUCUAUGAAAAAGAAUGCGGAAUCUGAUAUCAAACUAGCUAUAGAGUUAAAACGUUUGAAUCGGACACACGAAGCGGCAGUUGUGUAUAAGCGAGCGAAGGUUAUGAGAGAUGCACUGAAGGCUGAUGCCGAGGCUGAUGCCGAGGCUGAUGAUGAUGAUGAUGCCGAGGGAGGAUGA